CGUACAUAGACGUGCCACGUUGACCGACAGACACGACGGAACACUGUUAAAAAAAUGGCAAAACAUAUUUCACGAAACGGCGUCGACGUUGGAAAGAGUAUUUGCAACGGCAAGGCAGGUGGAAUCUGGUGCUUCAACCCCCGGCUCUGGGAUGUGAACACUGCCCCCGGACUGGUUGGAUCGGCUAUUACGGGUACUUCGGCCGCGACUUGUCUUCGUGAUGGUACGUUAGCAGAAGCGUCGAUGAGCAGAAAACCGCCAAAAUUUGUUGCGCGCUUCAAAAAGUACGCUGAAGAUUUUGUGGUCCGGGAGCUGGACGGAGACACCGGCAAGCCGCUGCAGGGAUGCACUGUUCAAGACGUUCCCCACCCAGAUGCCUGGUCCAUGGAUCAGCACUAUGUCAAGCCUCGGGGAAUAAGCGGGAAUCUGGCGGACAAGACCGGGCAGCACAGGGUCGAAAAGCAGGAGGUGACAGCGAAAGAGCUGAGACGUGAUUGUGAUUCGUAUCGCCCUCCAGGUGGAGAUGGGGACACCAGCAGGAGUGCCUCAUGCGUGACCGAGGCCACGACUAAACUGCACCAGGAUCUUCAUCGGGUGGAAACUGGAGAAAAGGUGUCAACUACCAGCUCAGUGUCGAGCGGGGAUCAAGGCAGCCAGCGCAAGACGAGCAUAUAUGACCUGGACGGUAAAAGUACAUGUACAUCUGUGCCUCUGCAAAAAGAACCUCAAGUGUCGUUUCGCGAGCAAGUCGCUGAGAGUGACGACAACAGCGUAAACAUUGGAACACGCAAAGACUCCCUCGAAAAAGAAAAUGCUGAUGCAGUAUUAGAGGUUUUUGGUGUCAAUCCUAAUCGCGAGCAGGAAACGCUUCCUGCGGGGAAGAAAGCCAAAUGGACACCUCGACAUUUGUGGUUCACAGUCGCCAAGAGACACCGGACCAGCGAAGAGGCACGAAGCCUGAUAGCGAAGCACCUCGGAGUCAGCACGGAGCGCAUCAGCUAUGCCGGUCUCAAGGACCGCCGAGGCAUCACCUUUCAGUUUAUGUCCGUCCGCGCUGGUGACGAAGCGCGGAAACUGGAGAAGCGGCUGUAUUCUUUCCGCGACACUUACAUCAAAAUUGGGCAGGUGCAGCCCCGCCCCCGUCACUGCGCGCUUGGGAGCCAGGCAGGAAAUCACUUCCAAGUCGGUCUUCGCAAUGUGCAGGUACUCGUACGACCUGACGGCGCACAGCAUCUGCAUCAUGUUCAACAGGACACUUCUUUUCGCGAAAGCAUCGAGAACCGGCAAAAGGAAAGCCCAGAAGGUACGUCGACGUCGAAAGGAAGUAUCCUUUUACUGGCGCAGGAACGCGCGGCUCAGGUUGCGCAGUUUGGAUUUUUGAACUAUUUCGGCCCGCAGCGAUUCGGGACUGGCUCCGUUUUGUCUUCCGACGUGGGCAGAGCAUGCAUCCAGGGAGACUACGAGACUGCCUGUCGACUUGUGAUCCACAGUUUGAAAACAGAAAACCCGCGGGCCGAAGAGGCAGCCGUCGCAUUUGACGGUGGAAACUACGAGGAAGCCUUGAAACUCACAGCGCACUCGCGUUUAGCAGAGCGCAAUCUGCUCCGCGUGCUGCACCGUACCGGUGGGAAUUUCGAGAAGGCCCUGCGGGAAGGCAUUCCCCGGUGCAUGCGACUGUUCUACGCCCGUGCCUAUGUGUCCCUCCUGUGGAACCAGGCGGUGAGUCUCCGAUGUCAGGAUAUAUCCGCCCUGAGCGGAUCGUAUGGGGCGACAGGCUUUCCACCUUCUUCAGAUGUUGAUCGAGAUAGCUCCUUCUCCCCACCAGCGGACAGGCGGCAUUUUGCCCUUCCUCUCGGCGAUUCUGCUGCCGACCUAGUGCUUUUGGACGGCGGCAAUACUAAGAAUACCUGUGUGAAGGUCCGGGACCGGGUGGAAGAAGAUGAAUCGAGCUUGUUGUUUUCCUCGGGGCACGAUCAGUCGCGAAUGGAAAGUUCGUUGGGUGCGCGCAGUUCUGCUCUUGGCCACUCUGAUGCCUACCGCGAUCGUGAGACACCCGGAUUUGACCAUAUGGAAGUUACCCUACCCCGUGUGAGACGCUUUGAUUCAUCACCCGGAAAUAGCUUUCAAGCGGGACAAAAGGCUGGAGCAGAUCGUGUCGAGGACAUUGUCGUUCCCAUCGUGGGCAGCGAAAACGUGGUGCUGACCGACUAUUGGCACUCGGUGUACACCCAUCUGUUGGAAGGCAGGGAUCCGAGGUCCGUUUUUGACAGCUGCGCGCAUCGAGAGUUUCGCGUCGAGGGGGGCUACCGAAAGCUAUUUGCGUUUCCGAAAAACGUGUCCGUUGAGAUUCCGGUCGAAGAGAAAGUAAAGCAUUCUCGUUCUUGUUUGGGAUCCAAAAGCACCACAGGUGUUCUGUAUACUUCUGCGCAAAAAGAAGAUGCAGCAUCCAGCAGCCAGGAGGAAAAAAUCAGAGAUCCGUCACCCUGCGACGCGGAAAAAAUCAAAGAUCGGUUACUCUUUGCCGUGCCCGAAAUACAUGGCCCGUUGGAAGCUAUUGCGCGAAAACGGCUGAGAAACCCACCGGUGUCUCCUGAUGUCCGGGAAGAUGGUAAAGAACAAGACGAAAGAACAGAAGAAAUAAACGAUUCAACAUUUGACAGCCUUCAGUCAAAGCGCUCGGGUCAGAAUCUCAUCGUAAGUUUCUCGCUUGAUGCUGGACAAUAUGCAAGUGUGUGCUUGCGCGAGAUGUUUGGCGAUGAGGCUCUUCAAGGCGGAAGCGAAGCAAAGUCACACUCAUCCCUUGGGCACGUAGAAGCGCAAGCAGUAAAACCGAGUUUCAGACAAGAGCCGAUUGCAACGCCGCCGAGUAAAGGUAGCAAUGUUGCUUGUGCAGUCUGUUAGUCCUCUAAACCUCUCGCGUAUUAGUAUUACGACUAUCAACAUGUAUACGAAGCACGCUGCAACUGCAUGUAUCCAUGGCAAAACAAAUAGCAUCAAAGCAUAUGCGUCCACGGAUCAGGCUUGCAGCAAGUACUUUGCACAGCUGUGUGUCAUUGA